AUGACGUCCGUGAAUAAAUUCGACAUGUCUCUGACGGGGAGACGCGACAACGAGACAUUCGCUACGCGUUCGUCGAUUGAAUCUUUGAAGCGCUACGUGCACAAUAACGCGUUGCGUAUGAACAGGGAUAAUUACGACGCGAACAAACGUAAGAUACAACGAUUGGAAUCCCCCGUUGACAACGCAGACGCGACGAAUAAGAGCUACGUCGAUCUCAAUCUACAAAAAACGGCCAACAUACGGGAAUUAAAAGAAACCACUGACAAUAAUAGCUCGACGUUGGACUCGCUCGGGAAAAGGAUACAGGACUUACAAAGUUUAUUCGACAGAAGCCUCGCUCAAAUCAUCUCUAACAAAUUAAGCUUGGAAACCUUUCAGAACGAGUUACGGAAAUUAAAGGAAUUGAUCGAUAAAAAUGUGAGAGAACACGAGGAUAUGUUGCAGAAAUUGCAGAAAACGCUUGAGGUAAAGAUAAACGAUCUCAACGUAAAGUACGAAAAUAAAAUACGAGAAUCGAAAGAUGCGUUUUCACAGAAGGUUGAAAAAUUAGAAAAGGAAUUGCAAGACCUACCGACAACGUAUGAAAAAAAGUUAAACAAUCUCGACGCGAAAUAUGAAACGCAGAUUAUACGGAAUUUGAAAAACACGAUCGACAGUAGUCUGAAGGAUCUGUUGGUUUUGAGAACGGAGACCAACGCGCAGGGAGAAAACCUAUGCUGUUUGCGAAAUAUUGUGAAAGAUUUGAUUGCGACGUUGGAGGCUGAUAUUCACGACAUUGCCAACAAACAUAAAAAACAUAAACAACUGCAGGGCCUUCGGAAUCUGUUAUAA